CCCGCUCCCCGGCCCAGCCCACACCCCGCCCGCUCCCCGGCCCAGCCCUGCAUCCCGGCGGAACCCGGUGGAGCCGCGCCGCGCUGGGAACCGUCUGCAGAGUCAGGAGCUCCCCCGCCCCCGAAUUCCCCAGGCCUGCGUGGCCGCGGCAGCCCAAGCCGGUCAGCGAGGAAAGAUGGCCGCCCUGACGACGGUCGUGGUGGCGGCGGCGGCCACCGCUGUAGCCGGGGCUGUGGCGGGGGCGGGCGCGACCCCCGGGACCGGCGUGGGAGCAGCGCCUGUGCCGCAACAGAGUGAUGGAUGUUUUGGUACUUCAGGUGGAAUUCGUCCUUUUCAGCUUCAAAACUGGAAGCAGAAAGUUAGUCGGACUAAGAAAGCAGAAUUUAUACGCACAGCAGAAAAAUUUAAAAAUCAAGUUAUUAACAUAGAAAAAGAUAAACACAGUGAUUUCUACAACCAAAAGAGUGACUUCAGAAUUGAGCAUGGUAUGCUGGAAGAAUUGGAAAAUAAGUUGAUUAACAGCAGGAAAGCAGAAAGAGCAAAAAUCCAGCAACAAUUGGCCAAAAUACAUAACAAUGUAAAGAAACUUCAGCAUCAGUUAAAAGAUGUGAAGCCUACACCUGAUUUUGUUGAAAAGCUCAGAGAAAUGAUGGAAGAAAUUGAAAAUGCAAUUAACACUUUUAAGGAAGAGCAGAGGUUGAUAUAUGAAGAGCUCAUUAAAGAAGAAAAAACAACUGAUAAUGAGUUGAGUGCCAUAUCAAGAAAAAUUGACACAUGGGCUAUGGGUAAUUCAGAGACAGAGAAAGCUUUCAGAGCAACGUCAAGCAAAGUUCCUGUAGACAAAGUAACACCAAGUACUCUUCCAGAAGAAGUGGUAGAUUUUGAAAAAUUCCUCCAGCAAACAGGAGGGCGGCAAGGGGGCUGGGAUGAUUAUGAUCACCAGAACUUUGUAAAGGUGAGAAACAAACAUAAAGGGAAGCCAACAUUUAUGGGAGAAGUUCUGGAACACCUUCCUGGAAGAACACAGGAUGAAGUUCAACAGCAUGAGAAAUGGUAUCAAAAAUUUCUGGCCCUAGAAGAAAGAAAAAAAGAGUCUAUUCAGAAUUGGAAAACCAAAAAGCAGCAAAAAAAGGAGGAAAUUUUCAAGUUUAAAGAAAAGGCAGAGAACAUACCUAUGCUUUUUCAUAAUAAACAAGAAAAUAAUCAAAAGCAAAAAGAAGAACAAAGAAAGAAGCAGAAAUUGGCAGUUGAAGCUUGGAAAAAACAGAAAAGUAUAGAAAUGUCAAUGAAAUACGCUUCCCAGUUAAAAGAAGAGGAAGAGAAAGAGAAAAAGCAACAGAAAGAGCGCCAGCGCCAGUUUAAGCUAAAAUUACUACUAGAAAGUUACACCCAGCAGAAGAAAGAACAGGAAGAAUUUUUGAGACUUGAAAAGGAGAUAAGGGAAAAGACAGAAAAGGCAGAAAAAAGGAAAACUGCUGCUGAGGAAAUUUCCAGGUUUCAAGAAAGAGAUUUACAUAAACUUGAAUUGAAAAUUCUGGAUAGACAGUCAAAGGAAGAUGAAAAGGCAGAAAAACAAAGAAGACUGGCAAAAUUAAAGGAAAAGGUUGAAAACAAUGUCAGUAGAGAUCCCUCUAGACUUUACAGACCUACCAAAGGUUGGGAAGAACGGACCAAAAAGAUAGGACCAACAGGCUCUGGGCCACUUCUGCAUAUCCCACAUAGGGCUAUUCCAACCUGGAGACAAGGAGUUUAAAAAGAAUAUGAGAUAAUGAAAUUGGUGUUCAGUUGAUAAGAAUGUUAGCAUGUUCAGUUAUACCUGGAGAGAGUAACUAACCAUGUUCUUUAGCUGUCACUAGCCUCCAGACUGAUUAUUGUGUUCUGUGUGAAUUGACAGAUAUCAAGGUCCAUGCAGUAUUGUCAUUAGUAUUUCCUGUUUAUACUAAGAGGGUACUUAAUGUGUAUGUUGGCCUAUUAUUGAUGUAAAAGUUUUUUGAAUAAGUUUAUGUUACAAACAUUAUUUCAUUUAAAUACUCAGAACAUUUUAAAGAUACUUUGUUUUUGUCACAGCAUAGCAAAAUAAAUUGGGACAAUGAUAAAGUACCAUUUUUUAAACCAAAAUUUUGUAACAAUUAUAACUUGGAGGUAAAUUAGUUUGAGUAACAAAAGUGUGAAGUUUCUUUUUGAGUUAUGAAAUACGUUAGUACUUUUUCUAAGUUAACAAAUUGGUCAUUUGUCAGUUACUACAUUUUUGUGUAAUAAAUAUUUUCUAUUUGUUUGAAGCAUGCUUUGUUUUAUAUAGAGAAUAUUUAUUUUACAAAUAUGCUUCUCACCCAUAUAUACUCUAUAAUUUGUUGUAUUGAUAGAAUCUUUUUGGUUUCCUUUAGCUAUUUCAAACUUCCCUUCAGGCCUUCUGGAUUUCACACAUUUAUAAAAUCUUUGUGUCUUUCA